GUGUUGAGGAAUGUUGAGGGAGUGUUGCGGUUGUGUUGAAGGUUGUGUUGAAGGUUGUGUUGAAGGUUGUGUUGAAGAUUGUGUUGAGGUUGUGUUGAACGUUAUGUUAAGGGUUGUGUUGCGGGAGUAAUGAGAUUUAGCUUAGCGUCACCCUCAGUUUGGUCUGACAGGCACAACUCAUCUCUGUGUGUUGUCAGGAGGUGGAGUGAUGCUAUAGUUUCCCCCUGCUUCCAGUCUUUGUGCUAAGCUAGGCUAACUGGACACACUGGCAUGUGGUUGUGCAGAUACAGAAUGUUUUAGAGUUUUAUUUUCUAUCCUGCUGCAUGUUUCCUGUUUGUUAAGGCUCAUUCACCAAAUGUGCACUUUUUCAUGGUUGAAAUGGGCGGAGCUGAGAAUGUAUUCAUCCAUCACCUGCCCACAACACAAACCUGAUUGGCUGUUGCUGCGAUGAUGAAACUGCUGCUGCUGCAGGUGAUUGGUGGAGUGAGUUGUGCUGUGCCUGAUCAUGUGAAGGUUGUUUCAGAAUAAAAGCGUCUCCAGACGACUCACACACAUUCAUCAUCAGCAGGAUUUCUCAUUUGUAAUAAACUGAUCUGAUCAAUCAAAGUGUUUCUGAUCAAUUGUGUUUACAUUCAUGUUGUUUGUGAAGAAAAGUAAUUGAUUAUUGUGACGUUAACCCUCCUCCAGCACACAUCGUCUCAGAACAGCUUAUACAUAUUUAUAUAUAAAUACACAGAUCAGCUGUUUUAUUUUUUUGAACUGAUGUAAAUGGUCACAUGAUCGUCUGAACUGGUCCUGGUCCCGAUCCCUCUGCUGGAGAUAUUGAAUGAUCUGGGUCCUGGUCCUGAUGAUGAGGGGUUUCCUGCUGUCCAGCAGGGGGCAGCAGAGGUGUGUGUGUGUGUGUGGGGGGAGGUGGCAGGUGGAAUCAGGUCACGUGACUCCGCCCCUUCCAACUGCUUGGUCACAGAAUUAAAGGAAGCAGAGAUGAGAGAACGGGCCCCUGGUUUGUCUUGUGCAGAGGAUGAGUUGGACCGUGAGGAGCAGGAGGAUCAGGAGCUGGAGGAGAUCAGCAGGAGGCUGAUCAUCCAGGAGGAGCAGAUCUUCAGUCACAACUCUCCCUCUGAGGUUGACGAGGACCAGCUGCUGAUAGACUUCGAGGCUCUGAAGAUGAAAAUAUGGAUGGCCAUCCACAAUACCCUUACCUCGUCCUCAUCCUCAGGACAGCUGGAUGUCCUGAGGAGUGCCGUGGCUUCCAUCCAGCAGCAGGAGGCACAAGACCAGCGCUGGACAUGUCGUCCUGACAACAGACUCCCAGUGUGGCGUCCUCUUAAUUGUGUCAGCACUCACAAUACUCUGCUGCAGAACAUGGUGGCGUCCAGACUCACGAAGGCUGCAGAGGACGAGUUGAGUGGAACCGACAGCCUGUCCUCACCCAUGAAGAGGCAGGUUUGUCGUAUGGGGAAACGUGUGAAGGACGAUCUGCUGACGGUGGCGAGGACGGUGAUGGAUUGUUACCCUCCACACAUGGACAUCUUGAACGUCUACGCUGGAUUCUACCAUCAGAGGUUCUCUGCUCAACUCACUGAACUCGCUGCUUCUGCUCUGGGAAUAGAUGACUGCAGCUACCUGCUGUUCUGGGUCAAUGACUGCUACCCACAUGUGUGUUUCCACCUCAGGACAGUUCUGAAACACGAGGACCUGGAUGGAAAGAUAAAGACGGCCUGUCUGGGUUCUCUGCUGCAGCACAACCACCUGGAGCGGCUGGAGGAACAGUACCUGAGCCACAAAGAGGACCAAGUGAAGCUGUGGCUGAGAACAGCCUUAAAGAAAGAAGAGGACAGCUGGCUGAGCGGCAACACACCGGAGCUCAUUGACACCUAUUACUUCAGUCCACUUGCUGCUGAUGUCAUACAGGUGAUCAACAGCUUCGUGAUUGAGUUACAUCAUGUGAUCAGAGACCAGAGCAAAACUCAGAGGAUCACAGCUCACCUGGAGAGUUUCCUCCACAGCUACGAGACGAGCAUUAAAGAGUUUGUUAGGAGAAACCAAGGUAACACGGACUCAGUGAUCAAAGCUCACCUGGUCUGUGAGCAGCAGUUCAGGAAAUACGUCACAGAUCCGACAGGAAGUCUGAGUGAGCAGCAGCAACGUCGCUGUCUGGACACCCUGUCUGCCCUGAGGGAUUGUGGGUACAGGUAUUUCACCUGUACCAUUCACGGGCUGCUAAAGGUGUUUUACAGUCACCUGUGGACGUAUGUGUGGUUGGAUGGGGAACUUCCUGUUGUUGACUCAAUGUUGACCUCUCUGAGCCGACAGCUGAUGGACCUGACUGACCUGAACGCAGCGUGCAGAGAGUCUCUGAUGACCGUCAUCCACCAGGACAUGGUUCUUCAGUACGUGAAAAGGAUGAUGAAGACCAAGAUGAAGAAAAGAGAGCAGCAGGUGGGCGGAGCCCAGCGGAUGAAAGAAGACGCUCAGAAGAUCAGUGACUUCUUCAAAGAUGGGGGCUGCAGCGCCUCCUCGUGGCUCGGCAACGUUCUCUGUAGCGUUGCUGAAGUUCUCCGUCUGCAGGAUCCAGGAAGUGUUCAGCUGGAGCUCGUCUGUCUGGCCAGAACGUUCCCUGACCUCAGUGACGCUCACGUGUCAGCGCUGCUGUCUCUGAAGACCGGCCUUUCAGCUGCGGAGGUUCACGCCAUCCGGCGCAGCGUGGAGGAGAACCGCCUCCUUGACGUCUCCACCGAUCACAGCCCUCCAUUCUUCUCCAAGGUCAAAGUCAACUGGAUCAAUAAUAAGAUCAAUCAGAUCCGACUGUAAAGCUGAACCGAGCCUGUUAGCAUGUUGUCAUAAUCAACAAACAGGCGGCCAUGUUGAAGGACAGACAGCUGAACAGACAUUUUCCUCAUUUGAAGUGUUAAAGAUGAUGUGUGCAGGUCAGAUGGAACCUGGUUCCUUGUCUCUAAUGGAUGUGGUGUUCCUCAGGGCACUGACCUGAGUCCCCUGUUCUUCUGUUACAACUUUAGUCGUGUUCUCUGCUGUGUGAUCAAUCCACUUUAUUUUAAUUCGAAUAAACGACGUCACAGGUAAUGAUUCCACCAAA